AUGGCUUCUGCUCCCUUCACCCAUCCCAACAGCAGCUCCUCCUCUUUUAUCCUUGUGGGUGUCCCCAAUCUGGAGAACCCUUGGCCCACCUGCCUGGGCAUCCCUUUCUGCUCAGGUUAUAUCAUUGCCUUGGUAGGAAAUGGUCUAGUUUUGCUUGUCAUUGGGCUGGACACCUCCCUGCGUGAUCCCAUCCACUGCUUCCUGGGCAUGCUGGCAGUUAUUGAUGUCGUGAUGGUGACAUCUGUUGUGCCCAAGAUGCUGAGCGUGUUCUGGCUGAACUCAACUGAGAUUGGCUACACGGCCUGUUUUGUUCAGAUGUUCCUUGUUCAUUCCACAACAUCAGAGGAGUCAGGAGUGCUCCUGGCCAUGGCUGUUGACCGCUACGUGGCAAUCUGUCACCCUCUCAGGUAUCAAGCCAUCCUGAAGCACCGAACCAUUGCACAAAUAGGCCUGACUAUAGUGGUGAGAGCUCUCCUUUUCAUGGUUCCCUUGACAUUUAUGGUGACAAACCUCCCCUACUGCCGUUCCCACGUGAUUCCCCAUUCGUACUGCGAGCACAUGGCUGUGGCGAAGCUUGCGUGCACAGACCCCAGACCCAGUGGGCUUUACAGCGUGGCCGGGUCCUCUCUUACAGUAGGGAUGGACAUGUCUUUCAUUGCUGUGUCCUACGGGCUGAUCCUUAAAGCUGCCCUGGGGAAGAAAUCAUGCUGGAAGGCCUUCAGCACCUGUGGGAGUCACAUCUGUGUGAUGCUGCUGUAUUACAUCCCUGGGAUAGUCUCCAUAUACGCACAGCAGUUUGGCAGCAGCAUAUCCGUGCCCACACAGGUUCUGCUGGCUGAUCUCUAUCUGACCUUCCCCGCAAUGCUGAACCCUAUUGUUUACAGCAUGAGGACCAAGCAGAUCCGUCAGGCAGUCCUCAAAAUGCUGUUUUCCAGGAAGGUUCAUGUCUGA